AAAAGAAAACAAUCAAACCGCAGAAGUCCGCGUGUUUUUAAACGUAAUAGUUCGGAACGUAUUACAGAUAUGGGUGAAUUUAUUGAAAAACGACGGGAGCUUUCCAUCCACGAGUAUGAAUUUAUGAAACAUCUUAAACUGUUCACGGAGGAGGAAAUCCGUGACAUCAAAAACAAGCGAUUCCAGCAUGAGCACAAAGUGGAACGACGCACGAAAGAGUUGAUAGACUUUAUCAACUAUAUUGUGUACGAAAAUAAUCUGCUGGAGCUGUUGGCGGAACGCAGGUCGAAGCUAAGGAUUCGGGACGGCAAGCACAGUUUGGAGAAAAGCAUAGAGAAUCGCAUCCGGGUGCUGUACAGGCGGGCUAUGGACAGGUUCCCAACGGAGUAUCGUCUGUGGGUGCAUUAUUUGAAGCACUGCGAGAAGCAUGGUUUUACAUCGGAGGGAUCCCGAACGUUGGACAAAAUGUUGAAUUUUCAUGGCGACAGGCCGAACGCUUGGAUAUGUGCUGCAAACUGGGAGUACACCCAGGCAAAUGAUGUCGAGCGGGCGAGACAUUUCAUGUUCCGGGGUCUUCAGCGGCAUCCGAAAUGUAGAGAGUUGUAUCUAAAUUUUCUGGCACUGCAUUUUAAGGAGAUGGAGAAAAUAGUGGAAAAUUCUGCGGAGAAUGACGAAAAACUGGACGACAAUAAUCCGAUGCUAUGCAAAACAUUGGAGUACAUCCAGCUGAUUUAUAAGCACUAUGAGAAGAAGAAUAAUGAUUUAGACUUUUACGUUGAUCUUAUUCACAGUUUAAAGGAUUUGAAGCUGCUGAAAAGCUUCGCGGAUCAAGUGACGGAAGAUAUGAAGACUGCUUUCACUACGAAGGAGAAGAUGUGGCAUACGUUGGCACUCCUUGCACUGGAUGGAUCCCAAGUUUUGGAAAAUAGCGAAGAUCGUGACUGUACAGAGGAUAUGGAGGCUCCAACUUUCAAAUCUGCUGAAGACGAUGGCUCAUUCCGGGAACGCCUUGAACGAUGCGUUCAAGUUUACGACGAUGGUCUGAAAGUUCUUCCAACGAAGCAGAUGUGGACUUAUUAUAUAGAAACAAUGCUCAAAAUUAAUGAGGAUAUGUCGUCCCAACAGAAGCUUCGACGUAAAGUGCUUGGAGCUGCCUUCAAAAAAGCAUACGAAAGUAAUUCUCUAGAAGAGGAUAAAUUUGUACAGUAUCUAAAGCUUUUGAUUCACGGUGAUAUCACACAAAAACCAUUCAUCACCGAGGUGUUCCAUAAAGCCACUGAAGCUUAUCCCAGUUCAUGUGCAUUCUGGGAACUUUACCUGAACUAUCUGGUAAGAAAUGACGCAACCACAGAUGAGAUUGAAUUUUUUUUCGCCAGAUCCCUCCAACAGUGCACAACAAAUCCUCUCCCUCUUUGGAAAGCUCGUUUCCAAUGUUACAAUACCCGCUUAGAACUAUCGGACAAGCUCGAGCAAAUGUUAAAAGAAGCAAUCGUACAAACAGCGCCAAUAUCAAACCACUUCCAGCCUCGCUACUUAGAGUUCGUGACCGAUAGCCAAGAUAUUAACUCAGCUCGUAAGGCAUAUCAAGAGUUGCAAAAAGCGUGCGCGCCUUGCUUGGAUCUUCACAAGAAAAUGGCCGAACUGGAAUCAAUUCAACCGCAGCCCGACAUUAGCCAUUGGAGAAUAUGCCACGAAAAUGCGACUCAAUAUUUUGGGACCACGAGUGUGGAAGUGUGGAUUGAUUACAUCAAAUUCGAACUGAGCAAUGGUUCGCCUAAAAAUAUGCAAUCACUAUACGAGCGGGCAAAAGCGCGAUUGGAUGCCGAUCUGGUUGGGGAAUUUGUCACAGGAUAUGAACUGUUAAGAGUUAACUGAGAAAUAAAUGCGUUGCACAUAUAGUAAUAGAUUCAUUUUACAAUUAGCAGUACGACGCGUCGAACUGAAAUUAAAUUUAAAUAAAACUCGGUAUAAGAAUUUUUCAUUUAUUUUGAAAAAUGUUUAUUGUUUCUUUUUUGUUCGUGUUCCC